UGCUUUUAUAUCCCCAAAAUCCUAAAAAUAAAAGUAAAAUUAAAUACCUUCCCUUUACAAAAGAUUGGUUGCUUUCAGCCAUGUGCAGCUGAGCUAUUCAAAAAGGGUACUUCACAACCACUCAAGGAACAAUUCAAUCAUUCAAAAUUACUUUCACUUUCGCACAGAGAGAGAGAAUUCAAAGAAUGUUUUCUCUGUGGUACUCUCGGUUUCUGCUUCUGCUUUUGGCUUACACUGGAUCUCUUUCGUCGGCAGAAUUAUUAGUUGGCGCCGAUGGGUCAAGAUCGUUGCAGGACAAGAAUAUAUUUAUUCUAGCAGGGCAGAGCAAUAUGGCAGGGAGAGGAGGUGUUGCUAAUGAUGUUUGGGACGGAGUUAUUCCGGCUGAAUGCGAACCAAACCAGUCAAUUAUCAGAUUCAAUUCGCACCGUAAAUGGGUCGAAGCGCAAGAACCGUUGCACGUAGAUAUCGAUUUCAAUAAGACUUGUGGUGUUGGUCCUGGUAUGGCAUUUGCAAAUACACUUUUACAGAUGGAUUCCAGUAAUAUUGGAGUUAUUGGUUUGGUUCCUUGUGCUGUUGGUGGAACAAAUAUUAGUGAGUGGUCUCAGGGAGCUCCGUUGUAUAAUCUCUUCAUAAGGCGCUCUAAGAAAUCGUUAUUGGAAGGUGGAAGGAUAAGGGCUGUUCUUUGGUAUCAAGGGGAAAGUGAUACAGUUCAUCAAAAAGAUGCUGAAUCUUAUGGACAUAAUUUGAAGAAAUUCAUAUCGAAUAUUCGCCAAGAUCUUCAUCUUCCCAUGCUACCUUUCAUUCAGGUUGCUUUGGCGUCAGGGGAAGGGCCAUUCGUAGGGAUUGUAAGGAAAGCUCAGCUGGAGAUAGAUUUACCGAAUGUUUGGACCAUUGAUGCCGAUGGACUCCCAGUCGGGCCAGAUGGUUUGCAUCUCACAACUGAAGCUCAAGUCCGUCUCGGACAGAUGUUAGCGGAGGCGUUUUUCACGAGGACUGUUCAGCAAAGACGUCCCAUCAGCAGCCAUGCUUCAAAGCGAAACCGCUAGUUUCUUUGAUAUGUAAAUUUGGAGCCCCUCAUUUCACCUCCACGCCAUUGAGCUGUUAAACUAUUUUUGUGGGGGACAUGGAAUUAUUCAGAAUGACCAGCAAUUCUUGGAUUCAAAAAUUAAUCAAAACACUUGAAACUACCUUGAAAAUAGCAAGGGAAUGACACUGUUAGACAGUGGAAUAACAUGUCGGCUACAUUGCCACUGUGGUACGGACAUUUUGAAUAAAAUUUUGUCAU